AUGCUCGCUUUUCUUGAGGCAAGAGACGGUGAAACACCGAUAGGAGUGACCCCACCAGACUCAGCACCAGCCGACCCCAAUCCGCCCACGGCAUACCUCAGGCCCCGGUACCUCCCGCUCCUAGUGCUCGUCGCGCUUUGCAUCGUCAUCUACAUCUACAGACACAGGAUCGCUGAGUUUCACGACCGGUACAGAACGUACAGAAGAAUGAGACAGCUGAAUUUCCUCGCGGACACCACGUUUGAAGACGACUUGGCCGACGGCUUGAGCAGCUUGAACUUCGACUUGGAGCUGCACAACAUCGAUCUGGGCGACUCGCGCAAGGGGCUCAGCGCCGAGGCUCGAGCCGAUAUCAAGCGCAUCAUGAAAAGCCGCGGGGUGAGCUUUGACGAGGCGAGAUUGGAAUACACGAGAGGCCAGUUCAGGCAGCAUGGAAUCGACGAGACGGGACUUCCGAGAGAUCCUAAAUUGGUCACCUUGUGA